GCGACUCCACAAUCCACGAGCUGUGCUGUUGGGUUGGGGCAUUUUUAUUUAGUCAAUUAGAUAAACGCACUCUUAACAGUGAAUGGCAGUUUCAUCCAUAGCCACUCUCACUCGUCACUAUUCUUUGUGCUCCUCGAUAUCACCAUCCUCAUUUUGGUCAUCUCAUUCUUCUUCAGUGACUCACAUAACUCGUACCAGAAAGCUACUACUCACCAGCAAACUAUCUGUUCGUACCAGAAUGUCUUUUACAAGUCCCAACUCACCGCCACCGCAAACCCAACCUUCGACUGUCAAGCAACACACGGCACCCUAUGGUUCUUGGAAGUCACCCAUCACAGCUGAUGUCGUUUCUGGCUCCAGUAAACGCCUUGGUGGCUUUUCUGUAGAUUCAGUUGGUCAUCUUUUCUGGCUAGAAUCUCGCCCUACAGACUCCGGACGAGCAGUUAUUGUAAAGGAACCAGGGAAAUCGGGAGAAGACCCCAUAGAUGUAACUCCUAAAGAUUUUUCUGUGAGGACAUUGGCUCAGGAGUAUGGUGGUGGUGAUUUUUGUAUAUCAGGAGACACUUUGAUCUUCUCUAAUUACAAGGAUCAGAGACUUUAUAAGCAGUCCAUAGAUUCUGCUCCGUUGCCUCUCACUCCAGAUUAUGGUGGACUAAGCGUAUGCUAUGCUGAUGGAGUGGUUGACUUUCAAUUUAACCGUUAUGUGACAGUGAGAGAAGAUCAACGUGAAAGUGGUAUAAAUGCGAUUACCACAAUUGUAUCUAUCGAUCUAAGCAGUAACAACGCUCAAGAACCAAGGCUAUUAGUUGGGGGCAAUGACUUUUAUGCAUCUCCUCGGAUUGAUCCCAAAGGGGAGCGAAUGGCAUGGAUUGAAUGGGGUCAUCCAAAUAUGCCAUGGGAUAGAUCGGAGCUUUGGGUUGGUUAUAUAUCACACAAUGGGGAUGUGCAGAAACGCAUUUGUGUUGCUGGUGGUGAUCCUACUCUUGUGGAGUCUCCUACUGAACCCCAAUGGUCUUCACAAGGAGAACUGUACUUUGUAACUGACAGGAAAAGUGGGUUUUGGAAUAUCUACAAAUGGGUGGAGUCUUCUAACGAGGUGCUACCAGUUUACUCCCUUGAUGCUGAGUUUGCAAGACCCUUAUGGGUAUUUGGGAUGAAGUCUUAUGACUUUCUUAAGAACCACGACCAAAGUACUUUAAUUGCCUGCAGUUACAGGGAGAAUGGGAAGUCAUAUCUUGGAGUUUUGGAUGUUCCCCAAGGAAAAUUAUCAGUGCUUGAUAUUCCUUUCACAGAAAUAAACAACAUUACUUCUGGGUUUCAUAGCUUUUAUGUUGAAGGAGCAUCUGCUGUUCAUCCAUCAUCAAUAGCUAAGGUUACUUUGGAUGAUCAGAGAACAAAAGUAAUUGAUUUCAAGAUUAUGUGGUCGUCAUCAUCUGUUAGUGAGAUGUAUAACUCGUAUUACAGCCGACCAGAGUUUAUAGAGUUCCCAACAGAUGUCCCGGGUCAAUGUGCAUAUGCGUACUUUUAUCCACCAGAAAACCCCGACUAUCAAGCUAGUCAUGGAGAAAAGCCUCCAUUACUCUUGCGAAGUCAUGGAGGUCCUACAGCUGAAGCACGGGGAUGUUUAAAUCUUAGUGUUCAAUAUUGGACCAGUCGUGGUUGGGCCUAUGUGGAUGUGAAUUAUGGUGGAAGCAGUGGUUAUGGCAGAGAAUUUAGAGAAAGACUGUUGGGAAGUUGGGGAAUUGUGGAUGUUAACGACUGCUGCAAUUGUGCCAAGUUUUUGGUUGACAGUGGAAGAGUUGAUGGUGAACGACUUUGUAUUACAGGGAGUUCAGCCGGUGGUUAUACAACAUUAGCUGCACUAGCAUUUAGAGAUGUUUUCAAGGCUGGAGCUUCCUUGUAUGGUAUUGGUGAUCUGCAAUUUCUGAGAGCAGAAACUCACAAGUUCGAAUCUCACUAUACUGACAAUCUAGUUGGGGAUGAAAAGGCAUAUUUUGAGAGGUCGCCCAUCAAUUUUGUAAACCACUUUUGCUGCCCCAUUAUCUUAUUUCAAGGAUUAGAGGACAAGGUCGUUUUACCUGAUCAAGCACGCAAAAUCUACCAAGCGUUGAAGGAAAGAGGGUUGCCUGUUGCACUCAUUGAAUAUGAAGGAGAGCAGCAUGGUUUCCGUAGGGCUGAAAAUAUUAAAUUCACCCUUGAACAACAGAUGGUGUUCUUUGCUCGUUUGGUGGGACACUUUGAAGUGGCCGAUGAAGUUACCCCAAUCAAAAUUGAUAAUUUUGACUGAGAGAAAGAAGCGGCAAGCAAAGAAAGAAGCAGUAAGCAAGACGAUCUAAUUUUCUGGAGCGGUAAAUAGGUUAUGCUUCUUGGAGGACGUCAAGGAAACAUCAAUAUUUACUGAUCAAAGGAUAAAGAACAUUGAGUUCACGGAACUCAUGGAACUUGUUCUUGUAACUUGUAAAGUUACAGAUUUUCUUAAUCAGGCAAUUAAGCCUUAAGGGGGAGAGGAAUUGGGAACUCCCGCCCCCUGGGGUUGGGGUGUACAAUGCUGGAUGUAUUUUUUCUUUUCUGACUAAAUCUGCUUCUCUUUGGGCUCUGAUAACAUGUGAAAAUGAAAGCAGAAGAGUAAUCUCAGAAAAUUGUUUAGAAGAUAAUAAUACUAGAAGCCUCAUAUAAAAUUUUAGACUACAGAAAGUGUGGACAAGUUUCUUAAUGAUCGAUUCUUACCA